AUGACGACCCCUCUCGUCGGCAAUAUUACAACAAACUACGACCGAAGCCGUCGAAUGUCUGGUGCUUCACCCGAUAACCAAGCGACAGACUUCCCAUACCUGGACCGAUCAAUGUCUUCGGGUGGUGGAGCUGUCGUGGACGAGAGCCAGGAUGCGAACAGAGAGAUCCAGCAACUUGCCCGGCAGUAUUCCCGCGUCUCAACCACCGCAGAGCCUAGCUACCACCCUUUCGAUGAAGCGAGCGUCGGCACCGAGAUCGAUCCCAGCUCGGAGAACUUCAAUGGCAGGGCCUGGACGAAAGCCAUGCUGAAGCUCCAGAAGCAGACAGGCCAAAAUGUCGGUCGGACCGCGGGCUUCGCCUUUCGAAACCUCUCCGCCUUUGGCUACACCAAGGGCAGUGACUUUCAGAAGACGGUAGACAACUAUCCCCUGGCCUUGAUGGACAUGCUGCGAGGCAUAUUAGGCCACAAAGGCCAACGGGUGGAUAUUCUGCGCAACUUUGAAGGCGUGGUGCAACCGGGCGAAAUGCUCGUCGUGCUUGGACCCCCGGGCUCCGGUUGUUCCACCUUCCUCAAGACCAUUACGGGCGAGACUCACGGCUUCAACCUCAGCGACGAUUCAUACAUCAAUUACCAGGGCAUUAGCUACAGGCAGAUGCACAAUAAUUUCAAGGGCGAAGCUAUCUACACGGCAGAACAGGACGUCCAUUUCCCCAUGUUGACGGUCGGUGACACUUUGCUCUUCGCCGCCCGAGCUCGAACACCCCAGAACAUGAAGCUGCCCCCGGGCGUGACCAAGACAAUGUAUGCAGCUCACUUACGGGACGUGGUGAUGGCAACGUUCGGUAUCAGGCACACCAUAAAUACCAAAGUCGGCAAUGACUUCGUCAGGGGAGUCAGCGGUGGUGAAAGAAAGCGAGUGUCUAUUGCGGAGGCAGCAUUGAGUAAUGCCCCUCUUCAAUGUUGGGACAAUAGCACUCGAGGUCUUGAUUCAGCCAACGCCAUCGAAUUCUGCAAAACUCUUCGGACGUCGACCGACUUGAAUGAAACGACUGCGGCAGUCGCCAUCUACCAGUCGCCACAAAGUGCCUAUGACUUUUUCGACAAGGUUCUUGUCCUCUAUCAAGGUCGUCAGAUCUUUUUCGGCCGCACUACCGAAGCUCAGAAAUACUUCGAGGACAUGGGCUUCGAGUGUGCUAAACGUCAGACAGUCCCGGAUUUCCUUACGUCCAUGACCAAUCCGAUUGAACGUCUGGUCAAGAAGGGAUACGAGUCGCAAGUGCCGCGGACUCCCGACGAAUUCGCCGAACGAUGGCAACAGAGCGAAGCACGACAGAAAAUGUUGCAGGAGCUGGAUGCCUUCGAAAAAGCUAAUCCCAUCGGUGGGCCCAACCUGGAAGCCUUCAAGCAAUCCCGUCGUGUCCAACAGUCAAAAGCCCAACGGAAGUCUUCUCCAUACACGUUGUCAUAUGCGGGUCAGGUCAGACUGUGUCUUUGGCGGGGCUUCAAGCGACUCAUGGAUGAUCCGGCCAUUACUCUCACACAACUUUUCGCCAAUUGUAUCAACGCGCUUGUGGUCUCUUCAUUGUUCUACAACCUACCGGCGAAUACCGAUUCAAUGCGAUCCAGAAGCUCACUCAUCUUUUUCGCAGUAUUGCUCAACGCUUUUGGCAGUGCUCUUGAGAUCCUGACGCUAUACGCACAGCGCCCGAUUGUUGAAAAACAUCAGCGAUACGCACUUUACCACCCGUCAGCGGAGGCCUUUGCAUCAAUGCUCACAGACGUCCCUUCAAAGACUCUCAACGCCAUUGGCUUCAACCUAAUUCUUUACUUCAUGACAAAUCUCCGACGGACACCUGGUGCUUUCUUUUUCUUUCUGUUCACCUCAUACAUCUUGACCUUUACUAUGAGCAUGUUGUUCCGGUUCAUCGCGUCGGUGUCGAGGUCACUGGUCGAAGCCUUGGUCCCAACAGCUGUUUUGAUGAUAGCUAUUGUCGUCUACACAGGCUUCGUUAUUCCUGUGGACUAUAUGCAUGGAUGGGCGCGUUGGAUCAACUACGUCAAUCCGACGGCGUAUGGAUUUGAAAGUCUCAUGGUGAAUGAGUUCCACAAUCGUGACUAUCCGUGUUCGACUUUCGUCCCUCCAGCGCCACAGUUCGGAAACGGGUCGACCACCUCACAAAUAUGUACUGUCGUUGGAUCUGUGGCUGGACGACCCUUUGUCGAUGGCGACGCUUAUAUCAACAUUUCCUACAGAUACUUUGCGGCUCACAAAUGGCGGAACAUCGGCAUCUUGUUCGUCUUUAUGAUUGGGCUCUGUGUUCUGUAUUUGGUUGCAACCGAGACGGUGACGGCGAAAAAGUCGAAGGGUGAAGUGCUGCUCUUCCGCCGAGGCCACAAGCCGGCAUUCUUGAAAGAGCACAUGUCCGAUAUGGAGUCGGGAGGCUCCGAUCCAAACCUUGUUGCUCUCGAGAGGAGGCAGACGAAGGACGAACAGUUGACGCGACAAGUCAGUGCUGUGAUUCAGAAGCAGACGGCAAUCUUCCAGUGGAAGGAUGUUUGCUACGACAUUAAGAUUAAAGGCCAGCCGCGUCGCAUUCUCGAUCAUGUCGACGGUUGGGUCAAACCAGGCACAAUGACAGCGCUCAUGGGAGUUUCAGGUGCCGGCAAGACCACUUUACUCGACUGUCUCGCAACCCGUGUAACAAUGGGCGUUAUCACGGGCGAGAUGCUGGUCGAUGGACGUCAACGCGACGAGUCCUUCCAGAGAAAGACGGGUUAUGUGCAACAGCAGGACUUGCAUCUUGAGACGAGCACUGUACGAGAGGCUUUGCGUUUCAGCGCCCUCUUGCGACAACCGAGAGACACGCCUCAAGAUGAAAAGAUUGCCUAUGUUGAAGAGGUCAUCAAACUGUUGGAUAUGCAGGAGUACGCCGAUGCUGUGGUCGGUGUUCCAGGUGAAGGCCUAAACGUGGAACAGCGGAAGCGAUUGACAAUUGGAGUGGAGCUUGCUGCCCGACCUCAACUUCUUCUCUUUCUUGACGAACCUACGUCAGGACUUGAUUCGCAGACUUCCUGGUCCAUUUUGAACCUUCUCGAGAAGCUCACAAAGGCUGGCCAAGCAAUUCUUUGCACUAUUCACCAACCAUCGGCUAUUCUAUUUCAGAGAUUCGACCGACUCCUGUUUCUCGCGGCCGGUGGCAAGACCGUGUACUUCGGUCCAGUUGGCAAGGAUUCCAGCAUCCUGAUUGACUAUUUCCAAAAAAAUGGCGCUCAUGAAUGUCCACCUGGCGCCAACCCGGCCGAAUAUAUGCUCGAAGCGAUUGGUGCAGCGCCCGGGUCUCAUUCAGAUAUCGACUGGUUUCAAGUCUGGCGCAACUCACCAGAGUACCAGGAGGUACAGCGAGAAUUAGAGGAGAUGAAGAUUGAACGAUCUCAGUUGGUGGCCCCCACUUCUUCGAACAAGGCAGAUUAUUUCGAGUUUGCUGCGCCUUUCUUCUUACAAUUUUGGGAAACACAAAAGCGGGUUUUCCAGCAGUAUUGGCGGACCCCGGAGUACAUCUACUCCAAGCUCUUACUUUGCUGCCUCACCGGCCUAUUUAUCGGUUUCUCGCUCUUCAAGGCACCAAAUACUCAACAGGGGCUUCAAAACCAGCUUUUUGGCAUUUUCAUGCUGUUGGUCCUAUUCUCGCAGCUUGUUCAGCAAAUUAUGCCUCUCUUCGUCACACAGCGCAGCCUUUACGAAGUGCGUGAGCGACCUUCGAAGACCUACUCAUGGAAGGCAUUUAUGCUAUCGAAUAUCCUCGUCGAGCUUCCUUGGGCAACGCUGGGGGCAGUGAUAUUGUUUUUCUGUUGGUAUUAUCCCAUUGGACUUUACCAAAACGCAACGUACACCGAUUCAGUGGCCUCACGCGGAGCAACCCAAUUCUUGUUUGUGUUGGAGUUUAUCCUGUUCAGCAGCACCUUCGCCCAUAUGAUGAUUGCAGGGAUUGCGACGGCAGAGACCGCCUCCAAUAUCGCAAACGUCUUGUUUUCGCUCUGUCUCCUGUUCAAUGGCGUCUUGGUUGGUCCAAAAGCCAUGCCCGGGUUCUGGAUCUUUAUGUAUCGAGUGAGUCCUUUCACGUAUCUGGUCGAAGGACUCUUAAGUGUGGGAAUUGCGAACGCACCAGUUACAUGUGCCGCCAACGAAUACCUCCAUCUCACGGCCCCUGCCGGCGAAACAUGCGGCCAAUAUCUCGACCCUUUCAUCUCAACAGCGGGCGGCUAUCUCCUAAACUCAGAUACUACGCAGUGUCAAUUCUGCACGGUUGACAACACCAACACCUUUUUGUCAUUGGUCAGCAUCUCGUUCUCGCAUAGAUGGCGGGACUUUGGAAUUUUGUUUGUGUAUAUUGCCUUUAAUGUCUUUGCGGCGGUGACGAUUUAUUGGUUGGCCAGGGUGCCGAAGGGGAAGAAAUAUGCGGGCGGCAAAGAUGCAGAUAAGAGCAAGGCAUUGGUGAAAACUCUGAGCAAUGCGAGCCAAGGGCAGCAGCAGCAUGUCGUCGGUGCUACUAACUUUGAUGAGAAGGGUACCGCCGUGCUUGGUGGUUCAGAGAAGGAUCGUCGCGCCAGUCCCUCCACGGAUGAUUCGGACACCGAGAGCGAUCAAUCUAUUCAUCAGGAAAAGGGGGCUUCCUACACGGCGGAGAAGAGAGAAGAAGCUGCCGCGGCAUCGUCUGCCGGAACAACAACAGAGGAAGCUGCUGUGGAGCCGACAGAGCGACCUACCACCGAACGCUUCGUUACAGCACCCCAGUUCUAA